GCUGAAGAAGACAAAAGGAGACUGCCCACAUAAAAAGGAGUUACCCAGAGAGAUUCCAAGAUUUGUUGCACAGCAAAAUUUGUCCUGUAACGCUCGAUGUAUACAAUGAGCGUUUAAUGGUGAAAACUAAGUUUUGUUGGCGAAUCAACAGUUUUCUUCCUCUUCGGGAACCAUGCUAGAAAAUGAUGAAAGGUUGGCUGUAGUAGGAAAGAGCAGAAGAGUUUCAUUGGCUGCGAGGUUAUGGCGAAAAGGUUUUCUAAGUGGUUGAAGAAGAAGAAGAGAGCUGACUGCAAUUAUCGUACGAAUCUAGUUACAGAUGAGAGCGAAGAUGGAGAGGAGGAGACAAGUGAUCAUUUCUUCAGGUCAAUCGAUACUGAUCCAUGCAUUCCAACUAAUGAGUUAAGAGUAUUCAUUGGGACAUGGAAUGUAGGUGGAAAGUCUCCAGUGGGAAACCUAACUGUAGAUUUGGAUGAAUGGCUGAAUCUCAAGGAGGCUGCUGAUAUCUAUGUUCUAGGGUUUCAAGAGAUAGUACCCUUAAAGACUCUUAACGUGCUGGGAUUGGCAGACAAAACUGAAGCGACGAAUUGGAACCUGUUGAUAGGGAAAGCACUCAAGGCGUAUGGGGGGAGAAGUAGCAGCAAGUACAAGAUGAUGGCAAGCAAAAGAAUGGUGGGAGUGUUUAUAUGCGUGUGGAUGAAGAAAGGGGUACUGAGGAAGUACAGUGUUUCAAAAGCUAGGGUGAGUUCUGUGGCUUGUGGCAUCAUGGGAUGUUUGGGGAACAAAGGUGCAGUAACUGUUAGCAUGUCUAUUGAAGGAGUUAGUUUUUGCUUCAUAGCUGCUCACUUGGCUUCCGGUGAGAAGAAAGGCGAUGAAGGGAGAAGGAAUCGUCAAGUGUUAGAGAUCUUCCGACGAACUUCAUUCUUACUACCAUCUAAAGAUGAUCCUAAUGAUGACCACUACCACCCGCCAACCAUCCUGGGACACGAUAGGAUAUUUUGGUUCGGGGAUCUGAACUACAGGUUGUACCUGGAAGAUCACUUGGCAAGGGACCUGGUCAGCAAGUAUGACUGGGAAGCUUUGCAGGCAUAUGACCAGCUCCGGUGCGAACUUGAAGAAGGAGGAGCAUUUGAAGGUUGGAGAGAAGGCAACCUUGAAUUUGCGCCGACAUACAAGUAUUCUGAAUCGAAUUGUGAUCGAUAUUCUGGCAGCUUCGGGGGGAGAUCUGGAGAGAAGCAGAGGACACCUGCAUGGUGUGACAGAAUCUUGUGGUGGGGAGAAGGGGUGAAGCAACUUUCAUAUUUUCGUUCUGAAAGCAUGUUCUCUGAUCAUCGGCCUGUUUCGGCAUUGUUCUCCAUGGAAGUAGAAGUCAGAAAGGAAACAAAUCAGAAAGUGUUUCCUGUGAAUGCUACUGAGUUCCGACCUCUUGAAAAUUUGCUGCCAAGAAACAGUGAGGAAGACAACAAACCUGCUACCUUGCUAUCCAUGCUUGAAAGGGAUAUAGACGAAUAACAAAUAUAGAUAGUCACAAAAAGCUGGUGCAAAAGCGAAGGAUACAGGUUUGUACACAGGGCUUCUGGCUUGUCAUGCUGUACCAGGUUGCCUUGAAGGAGAUGCAACAUUCCCAGAUGUCCACCUCUAGUUCUUUUUGAACUCGCUAUUCUUUUCACUGUAGAUAAGCAUUGUUAUGCAUAACCUGAAGACAAAUGUAUACAAGGGCUGAAGGCCACUAAGAGUAACUUAGUGUUCAUAGAAAACAUUCAUUCAUCGCUACACCCCGGAUAUGUCGGACUAAAGACGAAGACAGCCAGCUGCUACUUUGUAAACAGUUCAACAAAUCAAGAACAUUCUUUAUAUGCAUCUUCAAGAGAUAUGAAUUAGGAAACAUCUUUAUGAAUAUCAACAUAGGAUCUAUAUCUAUCUGACAUCAUAUUCGAAUUGAAGGUAACCAGCCAGUCAGAUUAACACGACCUACAAAUGUUCUCGUGCUACAUUCAACUACAAGAAUGCAGUAACAUGACAAAAUUUGUAUAGGGGAUCAAAUUUAAAGAAGAGUGCCGCCAAGCUUCUCCGAAUUAUCCUUGUGGCAACUUGGACAAACACAUCACUUCUGCAGCUCAUCGCCAAGAACAGUGCAUUCCUGUUCUAAUUCAGAAGUCUGCUUGUGUCAGGUCAAAGAAAUAGAUUUGGAGUUU